AUGAGCUUCUCUAACCUCGAUGACAGGUUCCAGUGUAUGGUUCACGAAUUGCGCAACGAUACGGACUGGGUUAACUUCAAGAGGUCUUUGGUGAGGGCUCCCCAGAUCAUUAGACAGAAGUUGAGCACUGGUGGUGAGCAGUUACCGCCAGAUGAGACGUUUGACCUGCUACAUAGCAAGUUCAUGGUUGUGGAGCAGCUGGUGAAAACAUUGGACACGGAAGUCUCCAAGUAUACAGUGCUUACGAAGUUGUUUCUACUCCAUUCUGUGGGCAUUGCUAAGGGCUUCAGCACAGUAUUUGAGCCAUCUUUGUCAAUAUCACCGUUAACAGCUUCGUCAGCAGAUGCUAGGCUGCACAAGUGCUUUGAAUUGACGGUGGUGAUGGAUGAGAGCUUGAGGUCGAUACAUGAAAGAGUUGAGCCGGUUUUGGACUUGAUUUUGAACAACGCUAGAGAGUCUGUCUCAAAGUUGUUGGUGAUCUGUAGAGGGAUCAAGCAUAGCAUCAGAGAGAGAGACUUCAUCAUAUUGGACGUCAACAGGUAUAUGGGCCAUGUAAGUCUAUUGGAUAGCAAGAAACAAGAGAAGUUAAGCCUCAAGCAAGAACAGAACUUGGUGCGUUAUCAAAAGAACUUGGAGCUUUCAAACAUCAAAUACGAAAGAAUCAAUUCACUGCUAAAGCUCGAGCUUCCAAAGUUCUUCGAACUGGUUUCAGGCUUCAUACGCCCUUUCCAUUUGACAUUGUAUUUCCUCCAGCUCAACAUCUACUACGAGUUAUUAGGAUUGAACGAAACAGCACAUGAGAGGUUCAAAUUGAAGACUAAGGAGUGUCAAAUGACUCCAAACGAUUUUGCAAUACAUUUGAUUGAGGACUAUACCAAGGCUAUUGGAAGCACUAAGCUGACGAUUGAUCAUCUCAUGAUCACUAAAAGUGUUUUAGAAAGGCAGACCCUUCAGUUGAAUGGCACUUUCAAAUCUCUUUUGGUGAAUGAUACAACAGAUGUUGAGUCACGUGCAGAUACUCAAGCAUCUAUUAGAACACCGUUGAACUAUUGUACGCUGAAAUUCAACUAUACGGCUCAGCAGGAUGGUGAUUUGUCAUUUGUUAAAGGUGAACGAAUUCUCAUAUUGGAUCAAACCUUUAACAAUGACUGGUGGAAAGGUGAAACAUCAAAUGGUAUCAUUGGUUUAUUCCCAAGGAACUACGUUGAUGUUGAUUAA